GUGCUGCAGCUGAAGGCGACGGGAGUCGGGCCGGGCGCCAGUCACCGCCAUGGAGCAGGACGGGGAGCAGCUGUCCACGAGACCGGCCCUGGAGACCGAAGGACUCCGCUUCCUGCACGCCACGGUGGGCUCCCUGCUGGCCACCUAUGGCUGGUACAUCCUCUUCGGCUGUAUCCUCCUCUACGUGGCCAUCCAGAAGCUUUCCAUCCAGCUGAGGGCCUUGAGGCAGAGGCAGCAGGACCAAGCCGCCUCGGCUGUCGAACCUGAUGCGGUUGUAAAACGACAGGAGGCCUUAGCAGCUGCUCGCUUGAGGAUGCAAGAGGAACUCGACGCGCAGGUGGAGAAGCACAAGGAAAAGCUGAGACAGCUUGAAGAAGAGAGGCGGAGACAGAAGAUUGAAAUGUGGGACAGCAUGCAGGAGGGCAAAAGUUACCGAGGAAAUGCAAGAAAGCCUCAGGAAAACAACACUCCUGAGCCUUCUACAUCAUCUGUCGUCCCCAAACGGAAGUCUGACAAAAAGCCUUUGCGGGGAGGGGGUUACAACCCUCUGACGGGUGAAGGAGGCGGCACCUGCUCCUGGAGGCCCGGCCGCAGGGGCCCGUCGGGAGGAUGAAGCUAGGAGUCCCAUCCUAGUGUUGCUUGUGACAUUAGCGAGAUGAACCCUUGACGCUCCAUUCAAUUGCCUUACGCACGCUUUCGCAGUGACUCGCGGGGAAGUGGGCUGAUUCCUGCUCCUCGCGCUGUCUGUGCAGCUAAGGGAUCAGUCGGCCCCCCGGUCACUCUGAGGACCAGUGAGGACCAGUGGGUGACCACUGACUUCCUGGCUGGCCACUAGCAAACGAGGCGGGAGCACCCACGAAAGUCCCUGUGCCGUGCGUGGAAUGAUGUCUUCCUUAUAAAUGGUGAGCCACCAGUGAGGAUUACUGAUGCCGACAGUUGAUGGGGUUCCUUCCUGUAUAGUCACCUGUACAGAACUUUGUAGAAGAGAAAUUAUAAAUAUUAAAAAAAGAAAAACCGAGUAACAUUUUGAGCC